AUGCAUGGCCGUUCUCAGAAUACUAUAAAGCUAAUAGCAGGAAAUUCACAUCCUGAAUUAUGUGACGCCAUAGCCGCAAAACUCGGUAUAACAGUUGCUAGAGUCAAAGCAUUCCAAUACACCAACCAAGAAACAGCCGUCGCCGUAGGAGAAUCAGUACGUGAUGAAGACGUCUAUAUAAUCCAAACUGGAUGUGGUGAAGAUAGCAUAAAUGAUUUCUUAAUGGAAUUGUUAAUCACCAUAAAUGCCUGUCGUGUCGCCAGUGCCAGAAGAAUCACGGCCGUGAUCCCCACGUUCCCCUAUGCUAGACAAGAUAAGAAAGAUAAAUCUCGUGCUCCAAUUACUGCCAAAUUGAUUGCUAAUUUGUUACAAACUGCAGGAUGUGAUCAUGUGAUUACUAUGGAUUUGCAUGCUUCUCAAAUCCAAGGGUUUUUCCGUGCUCCUGUGGAUAAUUUAUAUGCUGAACCUUUGGUAUUGAGAUAUAUUAGGGAGCAUUAUGAUAAGAAUGAAAUAAUUAUGGUUUCACCUGAUGCUGGUGGUGCUAAGAGAGUAGCCUCAUUAGCUGAUAAAUUAGAUAUCCAGUUUGCUUUAAUCCAUAAGGAAAGACAAAAAGCCAAUGAAAUCUCGAGAAUGGUGUUAGUUGGGGAUGUAACUGAUAAAAUUUGUUUGUUGAUUGAUGAUAUGGCAGACACUUGCGGUACUUUAACCAAGGCCGCGGAUAUCUUAUUAGAUCACAAUGCUAAGAAAGUUGUAUGUAUGGUUACCCAUGGUAUAUUUUCUGGUAAUGCCAUUGAACGAUUAAACAAAUCAAAAUUGGAUAAGGUCAUAUGUACAAAUUCAUUACCAAUUCAAGAAAAGGUUGAUCAAUGUAAGAAAUUAGAAGUGAUGGAUAUUGCUCCAACUUUAGCAGAAGCAAUUAGAAGAUUGCAUAAUGGUGAAAGUGUUAGCUAUUUAUUUACCUACGUUCCCGAAUAA